GUGGAUCUCGUCCAUCUCCGUGCACCCAGGCGGCGACAACGUGGUGGUGGGCUCGUACGACAGGCGCAUGAUCUGGUUCGACCUGGACUUUGGUUCGAAGCCGUACAAGACGCUGCAGUAUCAUGAUCGCGCUGUUCGUAAAGCCGUAUUCCAUCCAGGGAAGUACCCUCUGAUGGCCGCCGCCUCGGACGACGGGACGGUCAGCGUUCUGCACGCCAAGGUCUUCGACGACCUCAUGCAGAACCCCAUGAUCGUGCCCGUGAAGCGGCUGCGCGAGCACGCCGUGCACCAGGGGCUUGGCGUCCUGGACUGCACAUGGCACCCAGCGCAGCCCUGGCUAUUCACGGCGGGCGCGGACCGCCGGGUGUUCCUGUGGGCGUGAGCCGCGGGGCCGCCGGCGCCUCCGCGCGCCGCCCGCGCCGGAGAGUCCGGGCGCCGAGCCCGCGCCAGCGGGCCGCUCCGCCGCGCCGCGCCCCG